AUGAGUGAGGAUAAACCAGCCGACACUGUGGAAACUGCCCCUGCUGAGGUGAACGCUAUUCCUAAUGGGAAGGGCCAUGAGCCUGGGGAGGAGAUCGCAGCGUUGGCCAAAACACCGCCUGCAGGGGACGCUGAUAAGGAAACUGUACCCAAUAGUGCCCAGAAUGAUAGUCCCCACAGAACUGAGAAUGCAGCAGCCAACCUCCCGGAGAGCCAGGAGUUCUUAUCAGGCGUGGAUGACAAGAAAACAAUACGCUUUACAGAUUUUGAGGGGAAAACCUCGUUUGGGAUGUCUGUCUUCAACCUCGGAAAUGCAAUCAUGGGAAGUGGAAUCCUUGGAUUGGCCUACGCCAUGGCCAACACAGGGGUUGUCCUCUUUUUGGUACUUCUAACAGUGGUGGCAGUCCUCUCAUCAUAUUCUAUCCAUUUACUGCUAAAGUCAUCUGGUAUUGUAGGUAUUCGUGCGUAUGAGCAGCUCGGCUACAGGGCCUUCGGGACCCCGGGGAAGAUGGCGGCAGGUAUUGCCAUCACGCUGCAGAACAUUGGAGCCAUGUCCAGUUAUCUGUACAUCGUCAAGUAUGAGUUUCCUUUGGUCAUCCAGGCCUUUCUGAGGGUGGAUAAACCUGCAGGUGAAUGGUUCAUCAAUGGGAACUACCUCGUGAUCAUUGUAUCUAUUGCAGUAAUAUUACCACUGGCUCUCAUGAAACAGCUAGGAUACCUGGGAUACACCAGUGGCUUCUCCCUGAGCUGCAUGGUUUUCUUCCUCAUUUCGGUCAUCUACAAGAAGUUCAACACCCCCUGUCCUUUCGUGGAUUUUGCAUUCAAUGGCACUGCCAGUGUGCUGAAUGUCAGUGUUGCUGAUAUAGGUGGGGCGGAAGAUCCUGCCUGCAUUCCCAAAAUGGUCAACCUCAACUCUCAAACGGCCUACACCAUCCCCAUCCUGGCGUUCGCCUUUGUGUGCCACCCUGAGGUCCUGCCCAUCUACACAGAGCUGCGCAAUCCCACCAAGAAAAAGAUGCAGCAUGUGGCCAACAUCUCCAUUGCAGUCAUGUACGGCAUGUACUUCCUGGCUGCCCUUUUUGGAUACCUAACUUUCUAUGGUGAGGUGGAACCAGAGCUGCUUCACACAUACAGCCGCAUCGACCCGUAUGACACUUUGAUUUUGUGCGUGCGGGUGGCUGUGCUCACCGCGGUCACACUCACGGUGCCCAUUGUGCUCUUUCCCGUGCGGAGAGCGAUCCAGCAGAUGAUGUUUCCCAACAAGACCUUCUACUGGCCCCGUCACAUCGCCAUUGCCGUCGUUUUGCUCACUUUCAUCAACCUGCUGGUCAUCUUUGCCCCCAACAUCCUGGGCAUCUUUGGGGUCAUUGGUGCCACAUCUGCCCCUUGUCUCAUUUUCAUCUUCCCUGCUGUCUUCUACAUUCGUAUUGUACCCAAAGAGGAGGAGCCGCUGCGCUCAGUCCCCAAAAUCAUGGCUGCCUGUUUUGCUGGGAUAGGCUUCCUGUUCAUGAUAAUGAGCCUCAGCUUCAUCAUCAUUGAUUGGACAUCGGGCAGCAGCAAAGCCAGCAGUGGUCACUAGGCACCACCUACCACUUAUUUUUUCAGGUUUUAUAUUGUUAAUUUAGACCUGUGUUGUAAUGUUACUGUUUUGACUUAUGAAUAAUGUUUGAUGUUGAACAUGCCCUAUCUUUUCCAUGGGAGUAUAUUGGCCACAAGGAAGUCUAGAGUUGAAGCUUGCGCUCUCUAACGACGUUACGUUGUACUGAGCAUCCUGCCAAACAGUGACUGCAGAUCCAGGCCAGUAGACUCCAAUGUAAAGUUGAUAGUGAAUUUUAAAAACAGGUCAGGUGCAUAAAGAUUGAUGUUGACAUUGGGAGGCUGUGCCUUGUGAGACGGAUGCAAAACAAAAAACAGAAAAGUAACAAUAUAGAAAGCUGCUGUCUGUCUUUAUACGCCUGUCCCUGCGCGUAUCUGUCAACCCUCGCUAUCCCUGUCUUGUCCUAUGGUGAUCUACAGAGUGCUACUCAGAUUCUAACAUACAGUCUAAGGCACCUCCCAUUUAAAUGUUGAAUGACAGAAAUGUAUCGAAUGAUAGGCCAUUAUUUUAUUAUUAUUGCUAUUAUUAUUAUUAUUAUUAUUAUUAUUAUUAUUAUUGUAAGUUAUUUAAGAGAAAGUGAUAGUAUAAGCACAUAAAAAAAAAAUAUGUUAAAGGAAUAGUUCAACAUUUUUGAUAACACUCUCAGCCACAGUCAGCAGCUGGUUAGCUUAGCUUAGCAUAAAGGCUGGAAAACGUAGAACUAUUCCUUUACAGCGCAGCCUCUAGCGUCCCACUCCACUAACUUGUGCUGCUGCUGCUGCUGUUGCAUAUUUUAAGGUUUAGACGUGUUAACAUCCUCACCUCUAACAGAGCAAGAUGCAAAAAACACAGAAAGUAUGUGGUGCAGUGUUGCGAGCACUUUUUUCAUAACAUUCCUGAACAGUAUGAUCCAGAUGUAUAUUUUUUAUUAUUAAUCACCACUUGAUGAAAACCUCAGAGGAUGCAGUAUGGACUGAUGACUUGAUCGUCAGCAUAUACCGAGGCGAUCCAUAUCAGAAAUGCAGGAGCAUUUUGAAAUGGAUCUUGGGCGUCCAUAUAACUAUGUAAAAGAGUCUCAUUUUCAGUAUUACUGUGUAAAUGACAGUGAUAAAUGGUAUUGAGACCCUCAGUAGUUGGAUUAUACAGAUCGAAGCGAUAAAUGAAAUGAAAAGAAGGAAAAAGUUACCGCUCAGUGAUCUUAAUCGUCGAGCAUGAGCCUGGAAGAUUCGAUGUGUUGUUUCUGAACAUUUCCUGGGAGUAAUCAGAGAUAACCAAAAAAUAUGUAUUAAAAAAAACACAGGGUCACUUCACGACAGUUUGGUGUCUGUAAAUAUUUCUGCAUUCAGCACUAGCUUGAUCGCUAACGGAAAUGACCGACUGUCUCUUUAACAAUCUCCGAAGGUUUAUGGUUAGCAAUAGCACUUUCAUUUGAUAAGCACAACUUCCUGCAGCCAUUAAUAAGUUGCAACACAAGCAAAUGAGUUGUUAGGCGUUUACUUGUUUGAUAGAUGUGAUUUAUGGGCAUGUCCCCUCUGUAAGACUAAAUCAAUCUAAUGUAGACUUUGAGAAAAGUAGCAACAUAUCGAUGGGAUAUUAUGGAUGUCUUCUCCAACAUUACUUGAAAUAAAUAAAGUAAGCUUUCUUGUGAGGCCCUGCCACGAUUAGUUUCUCCCUCUCGACUGCUCUGUAGAUAAAAUUAGUUGGAUGUAACAUUGGAGAUUUUUCAGUGUCCGUGUUGUUUUAAAAAAAAAGAAGACAUGGCUCCACUGUAUUCAACUAUAGUACCUAUGUGCAUUUGUGCUGUUAAACAUGGACCUAUACUAUCAGAAGUACAACUGAAGUCUCCUACCAUUGAUGGAUUAACUGUUUUAACCUUCAUGUUCAGUGUUUAUUCUGGUGUAUCAGUUGAAUCCGAUUCAGUGACGAAAUGCAAGAUGCUAAACGAUUGAUUUUAUGUUUUUUUUUUGUUUUGUUUUGUUUUUUUUACUAUGUCUAGUGGUUUAUCAUCAGUGGUAACAUUUGGGUUGUUUCUAACUUCCUUGCUGCUUCUUGGCAGACAGUAAUCUACUAACUUGGAGUUUUAGUGAGAUGGUGUACUUGCCUAUAUUUCAUUUUUUUUUUUUUUGAAUGAUAAAUCUUUUCACACCAGACUACAGUGACCGCGGUAUGGAUAAAUUAGCAAUGUCCUGUCAAUUUGUUACACAACAACCCCCCCUUUAAAUCCCUUUUUUCCAUUAUAUCUAGAUAUUUGGUUGUCUUUAUGUGUUUGUAUGCAGAGGGAAUCAUCUGAAUCAGCCACUGGGGCAUAACGUAGUGUUGUUUAAAAAUUACAAGCUUAUAUUUAUCCCCAUCUUCCUGUUUGUAGUCUGACUUUAGUUUUUUGGCAGUACGUAUGAUACGUGUACGUAGUAGUAGUACGUAUGGCAUUUUGGUUUAUCGUGUCAUUUUUCAGUGGUGCACACACACAAAACACUUUAAAACCUCACGACAUGCAAAAAAUAAAGCAAGAGGCAACACAGCAAGGGGACACACUGUGUUAGUGGCUGAUAGAAGAUGAACUCUGAGGACCUCUUUAGAUGUCAGUGUUGUGAGACUCCCUCUCUGUGUGAUCUAUUGAAACGUGUAUGAUUGAAUAGUAACAUAUUAAAUAUUGACAUCGGCCAGCAUUUAUAAAUAAUGUAUAUAAAUGUAUACCCUUUAUAUUCUAUAUGCAUAUCUAGUUUGUACAAUGUAAAUAGCAAUUAAAGUUUUAGUCCGAUUAAAAAUACAAAUGUAAUCAUUUUCAAAGUGCUUUUAAACCUUUUUGUCUGUCAUGUCGAUUUUCUUGUAUCUCUAUAUAUUUUAAUAUGUUGCUGGCAGUUUAUUGUACUGUAAACAAUGUUGCAAUAAAGAUAAUGAGGUAACAGAC